CCCUCCCAACCAUGUGAUUCAGGUGUUCCAAUCCCCUCCCAUAUCAUGUGAUUCGGGUGUUCCAAUCCCCUCCAUGUCAUGUGAUUCAAGUGUUCCAAUCCCCUCCCAAUCAUGUGAUUCAGGUGUUCCAAUCCCCUCCCAAUCAUGUGAUUCAGGUGUUCCAAUCCCCUCCAUAUCAUGUGAUUCAGGUGUUCCAGUCCCCACCAUAUCAUGUGAUUCAGGUGUUCCAAUCCCCUCCAUAUCAUGUGAUUCAGGUGUUCCAGUCCCCUCCCAAUCAUGUGAUUCAGGUGUUCCAAUCCCCUCCAUAUCAUGUGAUUCAGGUGUUCCAAUCCCCUCCCAAUCAUGUGAUUCAGGUGUUCCAAUCCCCUCCCAAUCAUGUGAUUCAGGUGCUCCAAUCCCCUCCAUAUCAUAGUCAAUAACUAAAGACCUCCAAACUUGGUGUGGCCUUCAGAUGAGCCCAACAACAGUGCGUAGAGAGCUUCAUGGAAUGGGUUUCCAUGGC